AUGGCUGCCAAACAACAAUAUCCUUGGGUGAAACUCCCUCACCCUUAUCUUACAACCUACAGAAUCCACAUCGUCUCCGAUUCCAGUCCACGAGUGCUUCAACUCCGACUCCAUGACUCCCAGGUUCCUGGAGAGCCGCUGGCGGAGCCUCUACACAACGAUGCAUUGACCUACACAGACAUUGCCUUCGACGAAUCCGCCAAAGAUAUUCCAGACAACGAUAACAGCCCUUGGGCACGCAGCCAGCGAGCCCCAGGAACCACAUUCCAAUGGACCGGCACCGAACCACCUUCUUUCGCACAAAUCUGGAACGUAAUCCACGCCAUCUUCCUAACACAUCCGCAACGAGAGGUUCUCCGUCUCGAUCUGAAGGGCGCUGGCAAUGAGAUCGUCCGCGAGGAAUGCAUCCGCACUGGACUGGCUGUCCCCUAUCCGUCUCCACGAGUCCCCUUCGGCAACGAGAGCGAGCCUUCCGGCAUCGACACCCUGAUCCUGCUGCGCUCUUCUUUCUGGCAGGGCGCUGGCUCGCCACUCGGCCCGCGGCCUAUCUGGAUGGUCGACCAGGGGACGCACGGCCUGGCUCGCAAAUCUCUCAGUCAAUACCCCGUCAUGCCAAAGAACUACGAGUUUUCGAUGAAAUUUCCCCGCGAACGCAUCUAUGCGCGCCACCCGGUUCGCCCUGCAAAGCCUACCCCGGGCUCACUCGUCUACAGUCGCUACAUCCCGCACCUGGACAAACACUUCUCACUCAUGGUCGUGGACUGGCAGAACGAAGAGCACCUGAAGCGGUUCAACCGAUGGCAGAACGACCCCCGCGUCGCGAAAGGUUGGAACGAGACGGGCACGCUGGACGAACACCGCGAGUACCUGCGUCGUCUCCACGAAGACAAGCAUGUCCUGUGUCUGUUCGGACGCUUUGACGAUUUUCCAUUCGCCUACUACGAAAUUUACUGGGCAAAGGAAGACCACUACGGUGCCCACUACGAUGCCGGCGACUACGAUCGCGGGCGACAUUCCCUUGUCGGUGAAGAAAGCAUCCGUGGCGCUGAGCGCGUCAAUGCCUGGUGGUCCAGCUGUAUCCACUACUGCUUCCUCGACGAGCCGAGAACCCAGUGCGUUGUCGGCGAACCCAAGGCGACCGGCGGCACUGUCCUCUCCUACGAGAAUGCCCAGGGCCUUACGAUCCAAAGCUACGUGGACUUGGGCCACAAGCGCUCUGUCCACGUCUUCUGCAGUCGCGAGAAGUGGUUCCAGCUCUGUCCGCUCUUCUGGGAUGGGCGCGAGAGGCCGCUGGAGAGCUCGGAUCGCGCGGCGUGGAAUGCGAAGCUGUAG